AUGGCUGAGAUUGAGUUUGAAAGUCUGUUUAAUCAUGCCGUGAGAGGACAAUGGAAAGAAGUUCUAGAAUUAUAUGAGAAAAACCCUGAAGUAUUGGAAGCAAAGAUCACAAAAGCAGAAGACACAGUGUUACACAUUGCUGUCUAUGUAAGCCAAACCUUCUUUGUAACAACCUUGUUAGAUAACAUAAGCCAAAACAUGUGUAGGAACAUCCUAAGAAUGCAAAACUCAAAGGGAAACACUCCCCUUCAUGUUGCAGCUGAGCUUGGGAAUGUAGACAUUUGUAACAACAUUGCCAAAAGAGAUCCUACCCUCAUUUCGUACCGAAAUUUCGAAGGCGAAACUCCUCUUUUCUUGGCUGCUGUUCAUGGCAAAAGAGAUGCUUUCCUUUGUCUUCAUGGUAGACAUCAGAACAAAGAUGAUGACUCAAUCUCAAGAAAAAACAAUGGAGAUACCAUUCUUCAUUCUACCAUAUCCAGUGAAUACUUUGAUUUGGCCCUUAAAAUAAUUGGAAUGUAUCCAAAGCUUGUGAAUUGCGUAAACCAUGAAGGACUAUCACCUCUGCAUAUUCUUGCUAAGAAGCCUAAUUGUUUCAGAAGCUGCACAAGGAUGGAGUUAAUCGAUAAUAUCAUCUACGCUUGUUCGAUUGUUGAUGAGGAAAAGGAAGAAAGAUAUGACCAAAGUUAUAAUAUUUCAGCGCACACAGAGACUUCAAAGAACUAUCCAUUGAACUAUGGAACAUGCAUGACCUUCUUUUCUUUGUUGAAUAGUUGUUUUAAAGUAACAACCACAGGAAAAGAUACUGAUGCUGCGGAAACUACUGAUGAAGAGAAUAGUUUCUGGCGAAAAAACGAGCAAGGGCAAGCAGAGAAAAAAAAGAAAAAUUACAGGUUCCCUCCAAAUUGGGAAUCCAUGAUCAGAUUGUUAAUCCUUACAAUGAAGUCCAUCCUAAUCCUUUUCGGUGUUGGAUCGACGUGGAUAGAGAAAAUACAAAGAAAGAAAGAAAAACACAUUCGAGCAAAGCAAGUGAUGAAUGAACUGAUUCAGCGUGCUUCUUUGUAUAAGUAUGAUUUUACAGGACCAGGUCCUCAUGGUGAAGAGUAUGAUGACGAUGAUGAUGACACAGCGAAAAUGGGAGUAACUGAAAUGAUUGAGAAGAUUCUAGAUAUGUAUCCUGUGGCUAUACAUGAUGUGGACUAUCAGAACAAGAAUGUUGUUCUGUUGGCCAUAGAGAAUAGGCAACCUCAUGUGUAUAGUUUGUUAAAUAAGAGAAGUGUAAUCAAAGAAACUGCGUUUCGUCAAGUCGAUAGCAAUGGUAACAGUGCAUUACACCUUGCUGCUACUUAUAGGAGGUUUAGACCUUGGCGCGUACCUGGUUCUGCAAUGCAAAUGCAGUGGGAGUACAAGUGGUAUAAGCUUGUUAAGGACUCCAUGCCACCAAAUUUCUAUGAACGUUAUAAUAUGGAUGGGAAAACAGCAAAGCAAGUCUUCAUUGAUACACAUGGACAGCUUGCAAAAGAAGGUAGUAAAUGGCUCACAAAAACCUCGGAAUCAUGUUCAGUGGUAGCAGCACUUGUUGCAUCAGUUGCAUUCACAACCUCAACAGCUAUCCCAGGUGGUCCUAAUCAAGAAUCUGGUAUACCACUAUUGCUAAAAAAGCCUGCAUUCAAACUCUAUGCUGUAGCAUCACUUGUUGCACUUUGCUCCUCUGUCACGGCCCUUAUUCUGUUUCUUUCAAUACUGACGUCUCGGUUUCAAGAAAAGGAUUUUGUGGUGGACUUGCCAAGAAAGCUUCUUCUAGGAUUGACUACACUCUUCACAUCUAUAGCAUCUGUGUUGGUGUCAUUCUGUGCAGGGCAUUUCUUUCUUGUUGAAAGCCAGCUGAGAUUUGCAGUUUAUCCCAUAUAUGCUGCCACAUGUUUGCCUGUCUCAUUUUUUGCUUUGGUUCAACUCCCACUGUAUUUUGAUCUGGCUUUGGCUAUGUUUCGGAAGGUUCCUCAGCGCAGCUACAAAGUGUUUUUUCAUGAGUUGCAUCAUCAUCAUUAG